AAGAAAUAAUCACAAGCGGAUUGUGGACGGUCCACCCUUAUGCAGAGGGGCUUAUGUCCAAUCCGGUGCUGAAGUCAGAAAAAGUGUGCAGGAGGAUUCCGAUAGGCUUUCAUACUGAAGAUGGAUUUGGCACAAUCGGGAUAAUAAAAUGAACGACCGAUUGAUGAGUUAUUACUCAACGUGUCUGUGCAUCAGGGAAUGUCACCAGAGAACAAUUGACUUUAGCUUAAGCUCUGGUUAAACGUGGUAUCCUCUCCUAAUUGGAUAGGAAGGCUUUAGGCUGAUCACCUAGAUCAAGCGCAUUUCAGAAAGCAUCAGUGGAUUUCUUAUAAAUUACCCUAUCAGCUUUAAAGCGGUUUUUCAUUCGGAGUAAUAAACACAUGCACUUUGCUCCACUUUAAUAGAAUAAAUCCCAAUUUUUAGCCUGUGGCCCUAAAACAGAUCUCAAAUGAAGGCUAAUCUAAUUAGGCUGUGAUGUUAAACUCUGAGCCGGCGUGUGUGUCCACUUAGGGAUGCUGUGGAGAAGAGACUCCGUGGGAGGAAGCCUCAAAGUGAACCAGAGGGCGGCAAAACACAAAUGGCUUCCCCGAAGCUGCUUCCCAUCGAGGAUGGACGCAAACAGUCCGCAUUGAAUCCAGAUGGAAUUGACCGAGUUUCCGUCCGGAAGUCAGCGGGUUCCACAGGAGAGGGUGUCCCAGUCCGCAGCAGCCGCAAGUGCCUUUCAGCACCGAGGACAGCGCCGCGCAGGGCGUGUGCAGAGGGGAAACUCUGCCCUCCCGGCGAGGAGAAAAUACGAGUUUGCUGCGACGAGGAGUUGGAGACUUCAUUUACUUUUAUUGAUGAAAACGUAAACUUGCGAUUGGCCAGCCCGGAAACUAGCUGUAAAAGUGCUCAUAGGCCCGUGCGCAAUGGCGAAUCCUGCUCCGAGACUUUGCCUGAGCUCUCCUUCAUGUCGGAGGAUGACCUGUCCUUCGGCGAGGCCUCAGGGACUGUGGACUACGGCUUUAUCAGCGCAGUCACUUUCCUAGUGACAGGGAUCUCCCUGGUGAUCAUCUCCUAUGCUGUGCCCCGGGAUGUGGAGGUGGACCGCGACAGCGUUUCGGCCAGGGAGAUGGAGCGACUCGAGAUGGAAAGCGCCCGGAUAGGUGCCCAUUUGGACCGCUGUGUGAUUGCGGGGCUCUGCUUGCUGACUCUGGGUGGCGUCGUGCUCUCCACGCUGCUCAUGAUCUCCAUGUGGAAAGGGGAGAUGUACAGGAGGAAGCUUGCAGCGUACUCCAAACGCUCAGCUAAACUUUAUGGCUCAAUCAGCCUGAAGACAAGAUCCAGUCCCAGCCACUCGUCUGCGCGCUUGUCCUUGGAGGAGGAGAUGGACGUGGAGACUUUGGCUUAAGCUCUAGCUCUACGUAGAAACAUUUAUUUUCAAACAGAUUAAUGUCCGUUACGCACCUCUUAAAACAGCUUAACCAUGUGAGACCCAAAAUGGUAAAUGAACUGAAAAAUGCGCCACAAAUGGGAUGUGUGGGUUACAUUUACCCUUUAUAACUGCCAUUUUGAGAUGAGAUUGAAACAGAGAAAAGUCCUAAAAGUGCUAGUUUUUUUUUUUUUUUUUUUUUUUUACUGAGCACCUAUUACCCAUCCACACUGAGCAAAGCCGUCAAGGUUUUCCAGGGAAUUUAAACAGCUUGCAUUGAUUUUUCAUGUAAUUUUUACCUGUUUUAACUCCAGGUGUAAAGGACGGGGGCGAUCAAAGGUACUUUAUUAAGCUGGGGGGAGAAUCUUGGACUAAUUAACCCCAUCAAUAUGUAUAUGUUGGCAACUCAUUGUCUUUGCUCAUGCUAGAAGGGCAGUAAGUUUUUGAAUUGAGAAAGCUUCCUGGAGGGGAAUUAAAAGUUUUGGUGAGUAGAUUUGAGCAAAAGUUUAUUAAAAAACAUAUCUCAAACAAAUUUAAAGUAAUUUGUCUUUUAAUCUGUUGGGGGUUUGAAUUAUUAUAAAUAUGCCAACUCUACUGCGAUGGACUGGCUACCUGUCCAGGGUGUACCCCGCCUCUCGCCCAUUGUCUGCUGGAGAUAGGCACCAGCACCCCUCGCGAC